AUGCCUCGAGAUCCUCUAAUUGGUAUCGUUGGUAAGCCUUCUUCGGGCAAGUCCACUACUUUAAACUCGCUCACGGAUGCUUCGGCCCAGGUAGGUGCAUUCCCCUUCACAACAAUCGAGCCUAAUAGAGCAACAGGCUACUUGCAAGUAGACUGCGCUUGCAAAAGGUUUGGUAAGGAAAACUUGUGUAAACCCAAUUACGGCUGGUGCACCAAUGGUAAGAGGCAUAUUCCCAUAAUGCUGCUGGAUGUGGCAGGUCUUGUUCCGGGAGCUCACUCAGGAAGAGGUUUGGGUAACAAAUUUUUAGACGAUUUAAGACAUGCUGAUGCAUUGAUUCAUGUAGUUGAUGUCAGUGGUACGACUGAUGCAGAAGGCAAAAAUACGCGAGGAUAUGAUCCGCUUAAUGAUAUCGAAUGGCUGCAGGAUGAGAUCAGGCUUUGGAUAGAGGGAAAUUUGGAGAAGAGAUGGGGGUCCAUCGUCCGCAGACAUACGGCAACCAAAUCAAGCGUUGUGGAUACCCUACAAGGUCAAUUUGGUGGUUAUGGAUCCCAUGCCCCUAUGAUUCAAAGAGCCUUGCAAAGAAUUGAGGGCUUGCCCCCAUUGGAGCAAUGGGACAAAGAAUGGAUAACCAAAGUAGUCAAGUCAUUCAUGAUGGAGAAAUUUCCAACGGUGUUGGCAUUGAACAAAAUUGAUCAUCCAGAUGCGGAUAAAAAUGUUUCCAAGAUUAUGCUGCGGUAUCCUAAUACAAAGGCUGUACUAGCAAGUGCGAUUACGGAGGUUUUUCUGAGAAAAUUGAAGAAGCAAGGCUUUGUUCACUACGAAGAAGGCACUGAAUUUGUGGACACCUAUGAGGACGACCCCGAAAAUUUGAAGCCUCUUGAUGAUAAAUUACUGCAGAGAAUUGAGAAUAUUCGAGACUUGGUGCUGUACCGUUUCGGAUCUACAGGUGUAGUCCAGGUCUUGCAGGCAGCAGCUAAUACUUUGGAUCUCAUUCCUGUGUAUACGGUUAGAAAUAUUCAUUCUUUCACUGGUGGCAACGGCGAGAAUGUUUUCCGGGACUGUUUCCUAGUGAAGCGCGGGACUCCAGUAACAAAGGUGGCACGUUACAUCAUGGGCGAGGUAACAAUUGCAGCCAUUGAAACGGUGAACGGUGUUCGUGUAGGUGAGGAUGACGUAGUGCAGCCUGGCAAAAAUGAUAUUCUCACAUUUAAAUUGGCACCUAAGAGUAUAAACUAG